AACAGUUAGUUCUGUUACCUUGCAAUGUUGGGAGCAAGAUGGAUUCUUGGAGCUCUCUGCAAGGGGUUUGGAGGUUCUGCAUGUAUCUUCCUGUGUUUCUUCAAAAUUCCCUCAAUAUAUUCUCUCAUUCCAGGUUCUCCAUGUGCAACACACGGCAUCAAAAAGAUCGUAUGCCCUGAAGAUCUUAGAAAAACAGAAGAUCACCACCUUAAGGGAUGUUGAAAGGAUUUUGGUCGAGAAACGGGUCGCUCUCACAGCAGCUGUCCACCCCUUCACCGUGGAUCUACAUGCCACCUUCCAGUCAGACCACCAUCUCUUCUUCCUCAUGGAGUAUGUCGCUGGAGGCUGCUUAAGGACUCUCCUGGAGAGGGAACGUAAAUUUGGACAACGGAGGACUACGUUCUAUGCUGCGUGCACAGUGCUGGCCAUCUCCUAUUUGCACGAAAAUGGUAUCAUACACCGAGAUCUCAAGCCGGAAAACCUGCUCUUAGACAGCAACGGGUACAUCAAACUGGCUGAUUUCGGACUAUGCAAAGACGGAAUUGGCUAUGGGGACAGAACACGCAGCCUGACUGGAACCUAUGACUACAUGGCUCCCGAAGUCCUCUCCAGGCUGCCGUAUUCAAGAUCUGCAGAUUGGUGGUCUCUGGGCAUCGUGAUCUUCGAGAUGCUAGUCGGGGACCUACCAUGGAUGAGACCAUCUAUUGGCGUCGUCUGCCCAAAGUUCCUGGCUGAGGAUGCAGCUAUUUUAAUAUCAGGGCUUUUACAGUUGGACCCAUGGAUGCGGCUGGGCUCCAGCGAGGAAGAUGCAGGUGAACUAAUGUUUCAUCAUUUCUUUCGAGGCAUUGACUGGCUGGCUUUGGUACAGAGAAAAUUGCAGCCCCCAUUCAUACCGGAGGAUGUUGGACUUUCCGACGAUGGACCCUGUUAUGAACAUCUACUUCUAACACCUCCCUCCGAGGGUUCCUUGGCAAUAAGAAAAGAGAUCGCCGAUGCCUUUGGGAGCUUCGAUUAUUCCGCAAUAUAGAGCUGCGUGAUCAUCCUGCAACGCAAAAAUCAUUGCCAUCACCCGCGUUGACAGAAGAUUGGGGACACAUGAAAAACGGCACAUCAGGUCAUCUUGCUUUCUGUUUCUCUUCCAUCCAGAGCAAUUAGCGGUACCCCUCCUCCUUCCACCAUAGCUCCACCAGCGGUGCCCCAUCUCCUUCUACCGUAGCUCCACCGGCGGUGCCCUCCCUUCCUACUAAAAUAUAGCAUCAUAAACAGGAGCGCACUUAAGCCACUCGGUAAACCCUGCAUUCCUUUUCACUCCAUCCCCCAAGUGUGCAGAAGCCGGGUCUGCAGGCUGCUGGGGCUCCAAUGGAAUGAAACGGAAUGCAGCAUUCACCGAGCUGCUUAACGGUGCUCAUGUUUAAGCUGCCAUAUUGCUUACCGUAAUUCCACCUGCGGUGCCUCCCUUUCCACCUAAAAUAUGGUUUCAUGGGCAGAUGCACCUAAGCCACUCGGUAGUCCCUGCAUUCCAUUUCACUCAAUCCCUCAGUGUGCAGAAGCCGGGUCUGCAAGCUGUCUGGGCUGCCAGUUCUCCAAUGGAAUGGAAUGGAAUGCAGCAUUCACCUAGCAGCUUAAUGGCGCUCAUGCGUAUGCUGCCAUAUUGCUUUCUUUUUCUUUUCCUUCAUUCCAAUUCCACCAGUUGUCCCUCUUAUAUAGUAUCAUAAACUGGAGCACCAUUUAGCCACUCGGUAGACUCUGCAUUCCUUUCAACUCCAUCCCUCAGUGUGCAAAUGCCGGGGUGUGCAGGCUGCCUGGGUUCAAUGGAAUGGAUUGGAAUGCAGCAUUCAUCUAGCUGCUAAACGGUGCUCAUGUUUACGUAGCCUUAUUGCUUUUUGUUUCCCUUCCUGCCACUGUAAUUCCACCAGCAGUCCCUCCCUUCCCAUCUUAAAUAUGGUUUCAUAGACAGAAGCCCCCUUAAGCCACAUGGUAGACCCUUCAUUUCUUUUCUCUCCAUCCCUCAGACUGCAAAAGCCGGGUCUGCAGGCUGCAAGGGACCAAAGAAAUGGAAUGCAGAGUUCACCUAGCAGCCUAAAGGCGCUCAUGUGUAUGCUGCCAUAUUACCAUCUGUUUCCCUUACCCUCUUUCUCUUGAUUAAAUAUGGCAAAUUGAUCCUGGGAGCAAAUCCGAUUGCCGUUAAGGAGUCAGGAAGGAAUUUUUCCCUCACAAAGGGUUUUUGCCUUCCUCUGGAUCAAAUAGCCCUAUUUAUCCUAUAAUAAUUAUUAAUAAAGCUGUGCGUUUCACAGAUUUAACCAUCA